AUGGAUCGACCAUGGGCAGAGAUAACCGAAGGAAACCCUAUCGCGGCAGGUCUCGACAGCUUCCGAAUAUCGUUCAGGUCGAGAUUCCAAACUACGGGCAUCUCAAGCACUUCUGCCGCCUUGAGACAACUCAACCAUCAGGAGCUACAGAAUCUUGCCAUCACCCUCUUGUCGAUGCUGUGUGUUCUUCCCGCGGCCCGCAUUUUUUAG